AUGGAUGGAAUCGGUCUCGAUGCCGCUCAGCUGGUGGCUAUAUUCCUCGAGUCGAUGUUUUUCGGCAUGUUCUUUAUCCUGUACUGUAUAGUACUAUGGAUCCUGUCGCAUAAGCGUACCUCAAGGAGAGCGAACAUUGUGAUGAUGAGUACCGUCACUACAAUGUUUGUCUUGGCCAUAGUGCAUCUAGCAAUCGAUCUGUCUCGCAUAAUGGACGCCUUCAUCGGCCAGAAAAAUGUACAGGACGGAGCUUUGCUUUAUUAUGCAAAUCUGUCGAACCCCAAGCAAGUGGCGAAAACCGUUGUUUACGCUACUCAAACCAUAAUCGGAGAUUCGUUCGUGGUGUACCGGACAUGGGUAGUCUGGAAUCGAAACCUUUGGGUGAUCAUUUUCCCAGCACUUUGCAUAGUGGGCAAUGCAGUAACGGGAUACGGAGUUUCGUACGAGUUAGCCCAAGUUGUACCUGGAGCCGACAUCUUCCUAUCGACGCUCCAGCCGUGGAUAACCUCGUUCUUCAGCCUUACUUUCUGCACCAACGUUAUCUGCACUGCGCUGAUUGCCGGCCGUCUCUGGUGGAGAGAGCGCUCGAUAGGCCACGCUGCCCAAAUGAGUUUCCUCCCCGUUGUCGCCGUGGUCGUCGAAUCGGGGGCGAUAUACUCUGCUGCCCUUAUCUCGCUCCUGGUUGUGUACCUCAGCGGAUCCAACGGGCAAUAUCCCGCACUCGACCUGGUUAAUCCGCUUAUUGGCGUGACGUUCAGUCUCAUCCUGGUCAGAAUCGGUCUGGGUAUCAGCAACAACGGAACGACCGCGUCGGGAGUCUCGAGUUACCAACGAGCCACUGGCCGAGGGCAAGCCCCGUGGAAAUCUGGGAUGAACGCGAACCCCGCAACGGGAACCGCACAGUACCCGAUGAAGCCGCUUGCAAUCAAUGUUAAGCGGCUGGUCGAGCACGAUGGCGAUUCUGGGGAGCCCGUAGAUGUAUCCGGCAACUCAAAAGCGGGUACUUACGGUUUUGAUGGAGAUCUGGCAUAG